UGAUGCUACGGAGGCCUGGGUUUUUUUGGGAGGGGGUGUGACUGUGUGCGGGGCUUCGUGCUGCGGGGGCGGGAAUGCAGACGCUGAGGUCUCCCUCGCUCCUGCCGCCGCGUCUUCAUUUUCAGGCUCCAGAAGAACCUUGGGAUGGACGCAGAGAGAGUGCGGCAGCCCGCUGGGCCACCCGCAAGAAAGAAAUUCCACAUACCAUUGGACGAAGAUGAGGUCCCUCCUCCCGGGGAAAACAGUUGGCUGGCACUGAGUCCUGGCUGCUACCUAUGUGCUAAUGAAGAGAAAGAAACUGGGCUGAGGAUAUAGAUAGGGUGUGAUGGGGUGAGGCACUACCUUAGGUAGGAUGAUUGAGGGACUGCUUCUCUGAGGAGGUGACAUCUUGGCAGCUACGUGAAGGAGGAGCCACCUAAGGGCUCUGAGCAGAGGAGGGACAUGGUGUGACAAUGUGGGACAGACCAGGGGCAAAACCUUUAUUCAAAUCCACACGGAGCCUUCCUACCAGGGAGACCUGCCCUCAGACAGUGCCUCAGACCUAUGCUGAGUAUGCCAUCUCCGGACCUCCAGGAGGGGCUGGAGCCACGCAUCCGUCGGGCCGAGAACCCCUGGCAGGAGAGACCCCCCACCAAGCCCCCAAACCGGGGGCAAAAUCCAACAGCAUCAUUGUGAGCCCCCGGCAGAGGGGCAAUCCUGUGCUGAAGUUUGUGCGCAACGUGCCCUGGGAAUUUGGUGAUGUUCUCCCUGACUACGUGCUGGGCCAGAGCACCUGUGCGCUCUUCCUCAGCCUCCGCUACCACAACCUCCACCCAGAUUACAUCCAUGAGCGGCUGCAGAGCCUGGGGAAGAGCUUCGCCCUGCGGGUCCUGCUUGUCCAGGUGGACGUGAAAGAUCCUCAGCAGGCCCUCAAGGAGCUGGCCAAGAUGUGCAUCCUGGCUGACUGCACCCUAGUCCUUGCCUGGAGCCCCGAGGAGGCCGGGAGAUACCUGGAGACCUACAAGGCCUACGAGCAGAAGCCAGCAGACCUGCUGAUGGAGAAGCUGGAGCAGGACUUUGUGUCCCGGGUGACUGAAUGUUUGACCACCGUGAAGUCUGUCAACAAAACAGACAGUCAGACCCUCCUGGCUACUUUUGGGUCUCUGGAACAGCUUAUAGCUGCGUCGCGAGAAGAUCUGGCCUUGUGCCCGGGCCUGGGGCCCCAGAAGGCCCGGAGGCUAUUUGAUGUCCUACACGAGCCCUUCUUGAAGGUGCCCCAAUGACCCCAGCUGGAAGGAAAGCCUGCAGUGUGUUAAUAAAGCAUUUUUCUAGUCCAGA